CGCGACUUCCCGGAGCUCCAGCAUGCUGCAGCAGCUGCAAUAGUUUGGAGUGACUAUGGACGCGGAGUGCUCCCAGCUGCUGCCUCAUGUCUGCGGAGUCCUGGUGGACAACAGGCAGCUGAUGACAGACGACUCCAUCUAUGAGAAACUGCUGGACUGGUUUAAGGACCUGCUCGGGACAGUUUCCGCUGAGGGGCUCUUGAAUGAGAAUCCAUGUAUUCCAGGACUCUUCCAGCAGGUGCUGAGUAUAGACGAGGCAGACCACAGCCUCCUCACUUUUUCUAUGAGACUGGCUGGAGAGUUGGCGGCUCAAGAAGGAGGGUUCAAGUAUCUGAUGUCUGAAAACACUAUACAGGACAUGUUUGGAGAAUGGAUCUACACCAAUGAGACGUGGAAGGAUGCGUCCAUUAGGAGAGCGUGGAUCCAGGGCCUGCUCAGUAUGGUACAGCACCAGGAAGCAUUGCACUUUCUGCUUACAGGAGGAAUAAUAGAGAGAAUGUUAAACCUGCUGAUGGACUCCAGCUUGUUUGUAGCAUCUGCCGUCAAUGACCUUGUGGCCCAUGUUUUUCUCGUGUUUGUGAAGCUGACAGGACAGACAGAAAUCAGCCAUGUAUCUGAUCUGCCGGAUACGGCCCUGAGGAUCCUUGGUUACUUAGAGAAGCUACUGACCUCUGGGGAUUCCCAGUCAGUCACACAGUCACUAAAGCUCCUGACCGCCAUCUUCAGAGGCUGCACUAACACAAUGGCUGAGGUUCUCUGGCCACGAAUAGCAGAGCUGGUAACUUCUCUUCUGAGGCAGAAGCCUGUUCAUGCUGCUCCUCAUCUAGAAGAACUGUUGCUUGUGCUGACCAGAUUUCCGGUUCUGUGUAGUCCUGAGCACGAUCUAUGGAUGGUCAUGAAAGAGGCCUUGAAAAGUUUAAAUCCAUUCCAGGCAGGUUCCCUGGCCUAUGGCAUUUUGAAGUCUAAGUCCUGCUCUCAGGAUGUCUGCCUGCCAGCCAUGUGUGUCCUUCUUCAACCGCUAGACUGUGUCUUGAGAAGUUCGGCUAUAGAUUGUGGCGGCCCACCAGGUUUUCUUGAUGAGCUUGUGUCUGAUCCUUCCAUCGUGGAGAAUCUUAUGUCCAAGAAGGUCUCGUGUGUCAGUCUCUUAUGUCAGUGCCUGAUCCAUCUAACAGAACUGUGUGAAAAGGAUUGUCUUGCCGUGCAGGUCCCCUAUAGAGCGGUGCUGAGUUCCGUGGUGCUGAUUCUGAGCUUAUGCCUUGGACACGCCAUUGGUUCGUCUGCCGCAGGUUUCCAUUUGGGCAGGUCACUGAUAGGUUCUCUUCGAGUUCAAAGGUCAGCUUUGGAUGCCAUCGGAGGUCUUUCUCGUUGGCCAUUGAGACCAGAGGAGCUGAUGAAGACAUAUAAUGUGCUCACCGCUUAUCUUGAGAAUCCAGAAACAGACGCCACAGUUCUGAAAAAAGCAUUCCAGGCGUCCGUGAAGUGGCUGCAGGCCUGGCACACAUCUGAUGAGCAUUGGGCGGAGGGCAGAACUUUUCUUCAAGGUCUUUGUCCUGUGAUAAUGAAGCGCCUGUGCAGCCCUUCUUGGGAGGUGCGAGACACUACCUUAGAGUUUAUCACCAACCUCACAGCUACUGUAACAGGACGAGCGGAUGUCGGACAAGUUCUGAGUGAUGCUGGCCUCCCACAGCUGGUUCUGGAUCUUCUCAAUGACCCCGAGAGUUAUGUUCGCGCAAGUGCUGUAACCUGCACAGGACAGAUUAUUAAUAACGUUCACACUUCGGCUGCCGGCGACUUCAGAUCUGUAGAAGCCUUAAAACGUGAGGAUCUGGUGCCCCACCUAAUGGACAUUCUAUGUCAUGACACUGAAGGCUUCCCCAGGAGGGCAGUGGUAAAGGUAUUCACUGACUGGCUAAGAAAAGGUCACAUGCAAACAUUCCAAGACUCGGAAAUGCUGCUGUCACAGAUCUUGGAGACGACGUGCAGGGACUUGGACUGGGAGGUAAAGGUUAAUGCACUGGACCUUGCACAUUUCUAUAUAUCCCACAUACUUGAAAUUGGACCUAGCCACACUUGUCCGUACACAAUAGGGUUACCUUCUGGCAAAAGCACAGCUUCAGUUUCAGAUGCACUGGGGAAAUGUGAACGAGUGGGGCUCUUCCAGGCUUUAUUGAGUUGCCUGUGUGACUGUGACCGUCCGGUGGCCUUAAAAGCCUGCGAGAUCCUCCUUGAAGUGAGGCCAACACUGUGCCAUGGAGGCAGUGACCCCUCGGAACUGCACGGAAGAGACUGGCUGGAGCACAUCGUGAAAGGACAGCAAAUUACAAGCCGGGACGGGCAGCAAAGUACAGAAUGGGCUGCUGAUGUCUUAAGGAAGAUCGAUUUGGAGAACAUAAAGUGUUCCCUGUCAAAAAGCAGCGAUUACUUACAUGAGACGCCAAUGUCACUGCUGCAGGACAUCAAGGCCACCUUAUGGGGGGGAGAGAUGCAUGAUGCCGAUUGCUAUUGAUAUGGGAACCAUUCAGUGGGAGAAGGCCCUUUACAUUAGGGUAGCCUGCACCUACAGCCCAAAUUUGUAAGAAAUGGAAUUACUUUGGCACUUUCAUACUUAUUCAUUUAGCUUAGAUACAAUCAUUGAACAGGUUGCUUUAUUUUUUUUAAAAGUAAAAGCUUUGUCCAUUCCUCCAUGUUUUUUCAGCCGAUAAACUCCUUUUCCUUACCAUACUGUACAUAUACAUGGCACAUAACACUUUUGAAGGCGGCCAUUCACAUUAGCACUGUUUUGGCCAAACCUGCCACUUUGAGUGGGUUUGGCCAACCAUCUACUAUUAUGAGGCCUCCUGACCCACUCCUGUCAGCUGACGUUAGGAGAGAGAUCAGGAUUGACCAUGCCGGAUUUCAACUGCCCAGUCCUUUUCUUCUCAGGAAGACAAGAUGCUGUCCGGUGUCGGCCCACUCCACAUUUAAGACAUAUGCAUGCAGUAUUGCGAGAGAUAGCUGCCAGCUGAAGUUGCGUUUGACUAACGCAAUUGAAGUCGGAUAUGUGGCUGUCUCCAUCUUGGUCAAGCACUCCUCUUUCUUUUCCAAGGCCAAAAAAAAGUGAGCUAGUUCCUACCCAUCCUGAGGUUAUUUUGAGAGCUAAAGCCCAAGAGAGGUAAGUAACCUGUGUACAGGUACACGGUAUAGUAUAGGGACCCAACUGCAAGUUGGCUCACACGGUUUGAUCCAAAUAUGUGCUGAGAACCUCACAUUUAUAAAAUAGCAUAUGCUGAAAUAAUAAAAAAAUAUUACGUUGGCCUAUAUCAGGGUACUCCUAGAAUCCUCCUUUCACUUCUAUAGGAGCCAAGUAAGGGUCCAUUCACACGUCUGGAUCCGGACCCAUUAAUUUUCAAUGGGGCUGAAAAAGAUGCGGACAGCACACAGUGUGCUGUCCGUAUCCGC